AUGACUAAAUAUUUAAUAUGGCGUCCAUUACUUUGCUACAUUGGAAUCGUUCUGAAAAUGGUGUAUAUUUCUGAAGCGAACAAUUGUAGUAUAUACGGUGAUGACGGUUUAAAAAUGUGUACCAAGAAAUGCUGUGGGCUGUGGAAACAUGCUGUUUGUGCUGAAUCCUGCGUUGGUUUCUCGUGUGAAAGAGACAGCCAAUGUGAUGCCGGUGGGUGCUGCCAAGAAGGGAAAUGUAACGAAUCGAAUUGCUUGCCUCUGAGGCUAAUAUUUGCAGUCGCCACGACGGCGAUUAUAACAUUUGCUUUGCUUACAAUGAUCAUGCUACUGUGGUGUUGGUUACAAAAGAAAAGGAAGUUAAUAACUGGGAAUAUCCCCCCUCCUCGCGGGUGUUAUGUUGAUAUGGACGAGCCUUAUUGGCGUGUUAGGUCGUUCAACCCCUCGUCCUCGACUGAGCUGCCGAAGUUUGCUACAAAUGGGAAUGUCAAUAAUGGUUUUCAUCAAAAUGGGCCAAACAAUUCCCAAAAGUGA